AUGCCUCAUUUUCCAUUGGGCAUCACCCCAACUACGCCUGAUAUGGGAGCAAAUGCCGCCUCCGACACCGUGUCGACCUCCCCGGCCACCAAAAUCAAGAACCGUCGCAAGCGUUAUCUGGACAUGCACCCAGAGUACUUCUCUGCUGAUCUCGAGCUAGCUGACCCAUUGCUAUAUGAUCGUUUGAUCCGUCGUUUCCAGACCCCGGCUGAAAGAGAAGCUGAAGGGCGCGCCAAAGGCUUCUCCGGGGUUCUUGAGGCCGAUCUUUGUCGAUCCGAGGCUAAGUUUGAGGCUUUGAACCAUCCAGACCCUCACGCCAUGUUCAGCUAUACCCGUGGGCCGAACGGGGAGAUUCUCGCCGAGGACAGAGACGAAAUUCCACCCAACAAGGAAGAAGGGGAAAAGCUUUGGCAGUGGGAGAUGACCAUGCGAUUCCUCCGAGGCGAGGACACCGAUUUCGAUUACGCGACGGUCGACGACAAUGAUGAAUAUGAUGACUGGAACGAGGCACAAGAGCAAUACUUUGAAGACGAGGAGCCGGAAUGGAUUGUCGAGGGCGAAGACAGUGAGGAUGUUAGGUCCCGGCUUCAGGGUGAGACCGGCAUUCAGGACUUCUGA